AUUUCAGAUUUUCAGAUUAGGUUCUUUAAUUCUUGUAUCUCCUGGUCCAGACAGUUGACUCCCGGAUGUCUUCCUGCAAAUAGAGAGAAUAAAACAUUGACUAGUGUUAUAAUGUUUACAUCACAACUGAAGUUGGGGUUGAAAUGUAGCUGCGGA